UCACAGUGUACUCAUCAUCUUCACAGCGCCAACCCUAAACUCACGAUCCACACCACGACUACGUAUGUAUAUGAUCUGGGAUUCUGGGCUUCUUCAUUAUUACUCUCCAACCGCCAAUAUCAUCAUCAUGAUCUGCGCUCUUCUCGGUUCCGAUCUGUUGUUGUUUAUUGAUGUUUUCUCCCAGUCCCCGACCACGAAAACACAAUACUCAUUAUCAGAAUGAAAACGCUGCCGUUCAAGUGCUUCGUGGAGCAGAAUCUGGGAAGACAAGGCCUUGCAUUCAUUUACGCUAUUCUGGAAUUCGUGAUGGUGGUGUUGCUUCUUCUCGAUGGGAUACUAGGGUUCUUCUCUGCGGAAUUCGCUAGGUUUUUCGAAUUGGAAGUCCCCUGUUUUCUGUGCACCAGGAUAAUAGAUCCUACAUUCUCCUAUUCCGAUUGCUGUAAUGAAUGUGUGUGCGAAGCCCACAAGAAGGACAUUUCUUCCCUCGCGUAUUGCCAUGCCCACAGGAUUCUGUCCGAUAUCAGGAGCAUGUGUGAGGAGUGUAUUCUCUCCUUUUCUGCUCAUACAGAGGGGGAUUGUGAAAGGUACAAGUCUCUGCUGGGGGUUAUGCAUAAUCAUAAUAUUAAUAUUAAUAAUAAUAAGGAUGUUGUUAUCGACUACAAUGAUCCCAAAACCGCUGCGGCGAGAUUCUGGAGUAGGGAUUUUGAGGAGGAGAUUGGAGGCUCUGUGAUUCCCAGGUGCUCUUGCUGUGGGGAGCUUCUAAGCACACCCCCCAAAAACACUGCCACUUUGUCCUCGUCUAUGAAAGCAGCAGUGGCUCCGCCUCCCUCCCCGUCCCACACCCCUCCACCCCAACUGCAAAAUCCUCGUGAUGAUGAGUUAGCUUUACCUCACGUUAUUCCUGCCACUCAACUCAGCUUGGUCUCCAACAAUGAUUCUCCUCUGCUUCCAGAUAACGAGGACCAAGAUGAUAAUGCUUCAAAUGGAGAAUCUGGGGACCAGCUGCUUGAAGAUGAUGCUGCUUCCAAAAGCCCAAGCUUUAUUAGAGGUGGGAACAAGUUCUUUGGGAUACCUUUGUCAGAUAACAAGUCAAGAAAGAUGUCAAUGGAUUUCCUCCCAGAUGUUACUGACACGAAUGAAGGAGAUGGUGAGAAGAAACAGGUUCGCUUGGAUCGCAGCAGAUCUCUCAUGGCUCUGUACAUGGAAUUGGACGAAGAGAGGAAUGCUUCCGCCAUUGCAGCCAACAAUGCAAUGGCAAUGAUCACUCGGUUGCAGGCCGAAAAGGCAGCCGUUAAGAUGGAGGCACUGCAGCACAAGAGAAUGAUGGAAGAACACGCAGAAUACUACCGAGAAGAGCUGCAAGUAAUGAAGGACAUGCUCCUAAAGAGAGAGGAGGAGCUGAAGGAUUUGGAAUCUGAGCUCGAGAUGUACAGAGAGAAAUUUGGAUCAAUGAGUAACGCAGCAUGGAGUGAAACGUACCAUUCUGGGGAGUAUAUUAAUGAGAAUAUAGUGGAUUCUUCUCUUGAGAUAGAGAACGAGAGAUCUCGCCUUUUGAGCUUGUUUUCAAGUUUCGAAAAGAAGUUCAAUGCAGCAUCAGACAAUGAAGAAUACCUUCUAGUAAAAGUAGGAGAUCAGGAAGAUCAACAACAAUCGGGGGGAAAUGAAAAAACAGCUACCCUUACAAGAGAAAUGUCAGAUAUCACAGAAAGGUUGAGAGCCAUUGAAGCAGAAAGUGGGUGCAUAAAGCACACCACUAUGACUUUACAAAGGGGAGACGAAGGGAUCAAACUCUUGACAGAAAUAGCUGACAAUCUAAAAAAGCUUAGGGCGCUGUGAAGAAGACAUCAUAAUAUAAUAUUAUCAGUGUUAGUUACUGGUUUUUGUGUCUUAGGAUUUCAACAUUGUAUGGAAAAGAAAUGUGGUGCAUGAAUGCUUUAUACAACUUUACUGACUUUUUCCUAAUACAAAAU